AGAGAGGGAACUUGUCAUCAUAGAUCAUGGACUUUUUCAUGUUAAUCGGAUUUGUAUACAUUCUCUACCUUUUUGUGUAUCUUGUUAUCCUUACAAUUGCUGACUGCGACCUUCAACUAGCAUGGAUGGAAAGAUUUGGCCAUUCAAUUGAUCGGUUGAAAGGUAAAGUAGUAUGGAUAACAGGUGCAUCUAGUGGUAUUGGUAGAGCACUUGCUAUUAAACUUGCUGAACAUGGGUGCAAGCUUGUGCUUUCAGCACGAAAUCGAGAUGAACUCCUUCGUGUGAGAGAAAUCUGCCUUGAGGCAGGAAAAAAUUCAGGUCUUGAUGCUAGUGAUGUACUGGUACUUAAAAUGGAUAUGCUGGAAUAUUCCAAACAUCAAGCAUGUUUAGACAAAGUUCUCGAUCAUUUUGGAAAAUUAGAUAUUCUCAUGAACAAUGCUGGAAGAUCACAGAGGGCAGCAUGGGAGACAAUUGAAACAGCAGUUGAUCGACAAGUAUUUGAAAUAAAUGUAUUUUCAGUAAUCGCUCUAAGUCGUAUUGCUUUGAAGCAUUUUCUUGAGCAAGGCUCAGGACACCUCGCUGUCACUUCAAGUAUUGCUGGCGUUGUGGGAGUUCCAUUUUCUGGAUCCUACACUGGGAGUAAAUUUGCCAUUCAUGGCUUUUUUGAAAGUCUGAGAACAGAAAGAAUGGCAAAUCCUGAGCUGAAAGUUAGCCUCCUGUGCCCAGGACCUGUAUUCACUAAUUUUCUCUCCCAAAGUUUUACUAGUAAGGAUGGAGAGCUUUAUGGCCAAGAUACUUCACCCACAGACAAUCGAAUGACUGCAGAGAGGUGUGCUCAUUUGUUUGGUGUUGCUUUAGCCAAUAACUUAGAUGAAGCAUGGAUGGCUCCAUUCCCCAUACUUCCUAUUGCAUAUCUCUUUUCUUAUUUUCCCAAUAUCGCUCGUGGAGUUGCCUUUUUGAUGGGUACAAAAAAGUUUCAAAAGCUAAGAGACAGCAAAGAAUCUAUCGAAAACCAAAAUGCUGCAAGUAGUUCAGAUAACACAACACAAGAAGCUGAAAAGAUGAAAUAAGUAGAAUUGAGUGACAUGUAAAAUGUUGCAAAGGUGAAUAUAAUCUCAUAUUUUUUAACACUUACAAAAAUUGAAACAAAUUUUGUUCCAAGAUAACAUUUUGCUGCCAUGAAUAAACAAGACUGAAUUUUGUGUAGACAAAAUAAGAUCAAUGAUUGAAGUUUUCAUUUGGCAAACAGAAACAAGUUUAAUAUUGAUUAUAAAACACAUAAGUCUCUACAUGAAACAAUUACAAUAACACAAAUGCUUUUUUUGAAAUAAAGUUUUCAUUUAUUUAACUUUAAA